UUUUCUAGAGGGCGCUGUUAAUAUGUUAAACGGCACACACUCAACAUGGCGGCAGUUUUACCGAGAGAAUGCCAUGUGCAUCCUGUAGUUCUUUUCAAUAUUGUAGAUUCUUACGAAAGAAGGAAUGACGAAAAUGCUAGAGUCAUCGGAACUCUCCUAGGUACCAACAUUCAGGGAGUUGUAGAAAUCACAAACUGCUUCUGUGUUCCCCACAAUGAGUCAGAAGACGAGGUGGCAGUGGAUAUGGAGUUUGCUAAGAACAUGUACGAUCUACAGAAGAAAGUGAACGCCAAUGAGGUCAUCGUCGGCUGGUACGCGACAGGUCCAGACAUCACUGACCACUCCCUGCUGAUCCAUGAGUACUACUCCAGGGAAUGCGUCAACCCAGUCCAUCUGACUAUAGACACCACCCUGACUGACUUCAAGAUGUCCAUCAAAGUCUGGAUUAGGCAAUCCAUGGGCGUUCCAGACAAGUCCAAGGGGACCGUCUUUACACCCAUCAAGAUGAAGCCAGUGUGCCAUCAACCUGAGAGGGUCGGAUUGGAUGCAUUAAUUCGAGGCCAAGCCUCGGGUCGUCGUACCAUGGAAACGGUCACCGAUCUGCAGCACGUCAGUAAAUCCUGCGUCAAGCUUCAAGAGAUGAUCGCCAUCGUACUGGAAUACGUGGACGACGUCGUGAGUGGCAAGAUCCCAGCCGACAACCAGGUUGGCCGUUUCCUGAUGGACCUGGUGGCCAAUGUUCCCAAACUGGAUCCCGACGAAUUUGAAAGAAUCAUCAACAGCAACAUGAAGGAUCUACUCAUGGUAGUGUACUUGUCCAACCUCGUGGAGACACAACUAGGCCUGAAUGAGAAACUCACCCUCAUCGCUCAGACUCACCCAUAGAUGACAAUGGAGCCCGCCAAGCCAUGCGUAACACAGUCGCAUCUUCUAGGAAUCGCGGUUUCUGCAUUUCGGAGGGAAGGGGGGCAAAAUCUCAGGUGAAAAUCUACAACUGAGGAACACAUUUGUGAGGCAUUCUGGCAAAAUGAGACGAAACUGGGCACAGGCCAUAGUGGAGAAAUGUGCAAACAAACAAACGGGGGUGAUUUUUCUUGAUUUGUAAUCGUUGAUAUGUCUCCUACACAUAUUUUAAAGAAAUAUUAAAAAAAUCGUGGAAUUAAUGUGGUUUUUAAGGAAAACCAAUUGUCAUCUUUCAUUUUCAUAACUUGAACAGCCUUUCACUCAGUAUUUUACAUUUUUGACGUGUAACUUGUCAACGGAAUAUCCAAUUAAAGUGCAACAAACAGUAUUGUAAGGAGAAUUGUGUUCUCCUUCCUAAUACAUGUACCUGCAAACCCUCAUUUCAACCUCUGCCUAGUUCCGUCUCAUUUUGCCAGAAUGCCUCAAAUUUUUCAUGUUUUUUGGUAUUUUUUGUUUUGUUUUGAAAGUGGAUGUCUUACUUAUUUCUAGGGCAAGAGAACAUUCACAUCUCAAUUUCUUAACUUUUGUUGGCUUUCUAUGCUACCAAAAGACAAACCACGAUCAAAACUACCUAAUUACACAAGUUUUUUCUUGAUAAAUGUUUUAAAUGAUUUUCCUUCACAUUUCAAAUCUGUUUAUUUUUAGUUUCAAGCCCAUAUUCCUGAAUAUUUAUAUGCCAGCAUUUGUGAGUUUCUAUUUUAAAAUUAUUGUGGCCUACCACUCUAGGAUAAGAUUAAAAAAAACAUUUGAAAUUCCCCAAAAACAAUUUAAACAUUUGAAAUUCCCCCAAAACAAUUUAUCUUGGAAAAAUAGUUCAAGACUUACACAAUGCUUAUGGGUUUGAUUCUAUUUAUUGCGCAAGAUUAAUUGGUAUUGUUUAAUUCCAUGGGUAUUCUUCAACACAUUUUGGAAGACAAAGUCAUAAAUCUACAUACUACAGAACGAUGUGUACAGUAAACAAGGAUGCCAUUGACUGUCCAAAAUUAGUGUCGUAGUAUUAAAGGCAAGUCGAAGAUUUCGUGCACACUAUGUCCCAUAUAUAACAAAGGUUUAACUUGUUAAGAUAUUCAUGGAUUUCAUUUGUUUUUUUUAUUCUACUGUUGGGCAUCUGCAUGGAGAAUACACACAAGAACUCUUAUGUUAUUACAUUGUAGUCUUUGCAAUGAUUAUGUACAUGUAAUUAAAGAAGACAUGUGUUACUGUGGGACAAAUAAGGGACAUUUUCUUGGACCCAGGAGCAAAUUUAUACAAAAUUCAAGCCCAAAUUAUAUACAUGUAAAAGAUCCACGAAUGCAGAAUAAAAUUACAGAAAUGAAAACUGCACCACA